AUGCGUGUCACUAGGCCCGUAGCGUCGCUUGCACGGCGUCUCAAGAUGAACGACGGCUUUGAGAUCCCCCAAUUCGGUCUGGGGACAUACCAAAUGACAGGAGCCGAGGCGUACACGGCGACCCGCGCCGCCCUAGACGCAGGUUACCGUCACAUCGACACGGCCGAGUGGUAUGGGAACGAAGCAGACGUGGGCCGGGCGAUUCGUGAUUCGGGCGUGUCGCGCGCCGACGUCUUUGUGACUUCGAAACUGCAGCGGAACCGGGGCUACGAUGCGGCUUUCUCAGAUCUGCGCGCUUCCCUUGACAGAGCGGGAAUGGACUACUUGGACCUGUACCUCCUCCAUUCGCCUGUGGGUGGUCCGACCGCCCGCGCAGAUGGGUGGAGUGCGCUUGUUGAUGCGAAGCGCAAGGGGCUCGUUCGGUCGGUUGGCGUCUCGAACUUUGGUAUGCUCCACCUCGCUGAGAUUGUCGAGAUGGUCCGACGGGCUGGGGAGGAUGGGCCAGGCGGCGCAAUGCCGGCCGUUAACCAGGUUGAUCUGCACCCUUUUACCCGGCACGAAGAUAUUGUCGAUAUGUGUGGUCUUAUGGGGACGUUGAUGGAGGCUUGGGGACCGCUCGCGAGGGGGACGCGGUUCGACCAUCCCGUCAUCAAGAAGAUGGCGGAGAAGUAUGGAAGGGACCCUGCUCAGAUUAUGCUCCGGUGGGGACUGCAGCAUGAUCACAUUGUCAUUCCCAAGAGCGUGUCGCUGGAACGUAUCGAGUCCAAUGCCCAGGUAUUCGACUUUGAGAUUACGCCCGAGGACAUGGCUGAGUUGGACGGGUUGAACGAGAACCUUGUGACGGACUGGUGGGUCGUCGACGCCGAGUAG